CCGGCACUUCCCCGUUUCCCGUAACUUCCCGUUACAAUCCAUCUCUUCCCCAAAUAAAUAGCCUCCGCGCUCUGCAGAUACCAGUCUCCACUCUCUCUCUCUCCCGUUAGGGUUUCUCUCUCUUUUGUUGGUUUUAUGGGCGUAGAAGACCCAGAGAUGGCUCAUGUAGACUCCAUCCCCGAGCAAUCAUCCAAUUCUUUGCUUGCAAACACCAGUUGCUGCUUCUGUUUCCCCUGCUUCGAUUCCCGCCGUUCUCCCUCCGUCGGGUUGGCCUGGUGGGAGAAAAUCCAAUCGUCAGGAGACGGUAAUCCAUGGUGGGAGCCGGGUGCUAGGGCUAUCAAGAAGAUCCGAGAAUGGUCUGAGAUUGUCGCUGGGCCCAAGUGGAAGACUUUCAUCCGGAGAUUCAAUAGAAGCAAAGGUAGUGGCAACAGCAGGCCUGGCAAGUUCCAAUAUGAUCCUUUGAGUUACGCUUUGAACUUCGACGAAGGUCCUGGUCAGAGCAAUAAUUUCGACGAGGAAGAUGAUUGUGGCAGGUUUCGCGAUUUCUCUUCCCGGUACUCCUCUGUUUCCGUGUCCGGCAAGCCGUUGGCAAUGGACGCGUCCCGUGAUAAAGAUGGGACUGAGAUGGCGGUUGCGUGACAAAGAAACAAAAAAGCGGCGUGGAUUGUAGUUUGCGGCGACAUGUGUGGGAAACCAGCUGGAGUAGUGUGGAGUGACUUGGGGAGGUUACGUGGCAAGGCUAAUUCUCUUACGGGUCCAUUCUUUAUGAAUUCCUUCCAAUAAAUAAUACACAUUUCAAUUAUUGAUACAGUCGUAGAGCUUUUCUUUUUUUUUUUUUUCCUGUGUUGACAUAUUCUUUUUGAUUGUAAAGACGAAGAAAACGAGGAUUUUGCGUGUAUGAAGUUUUAGUUGGUCGUUGGGUUGUUAGUGUUGGGUGUAUUUUCUUUUCUUCUUUUUUUGUUUUUUUUUUUUUUAAAAAAAAAUUGGAGUAGGAGAGAAUUGUAAUUUUAUGGUGCAGACUGCAGGGUAGAAAAUGAGACAUGUAUAAAUUACACUUGUUCUUGGAUAA